GAGCCCGAAGGAGGCGUAAUGUAAGUGCCACAGAGAGACCCGGAAUAAAGAUGUGCUGGUCCAGUACGAAGACCACAAUGCUCGUGGUCGCCGUUGUGUGCAUCUGCAUGAACGGAUUCAACGUGGCGUCCAGGGUGAUGGGACUCCGGGAUCAAAUUCGGGAGGAGAAAUUUUCCGCCUACAUCCCGGAUGUCACCGAUAUCUCUAAAUGGGUAAACGGCCGUGAGAACUCCGAUUACAUCUGCAUGGGCCUGGCUGGAGUGAGCUUAAUCUUCGACUUCCUGCUUCUGGGCGGCGCAAUGAGGGAAAGUGCCCCCAUGAUCCAGAUAUCGGGAAUCUGGGGCUCCGUCGACUGUGUUGUGGACGCCAUUGUGGGGUUCCUGUCGGCGAACUACACCGUGCCCAGCUUCAGCCACGAAGAGACCAAGACAGUGCACAAAAGUCGCCUUAGAAGGACCGGCAUGAGGAGACACAGAGCCAGUGGACAUGCGGAGAUGCAACUCAUGAAGGAGAAAGGGGGAAAGACCACAAAGACUGAAUCAAAAUCGCUGGCGUUACGGGAGCCACCGCCUACGAUGGCGAAACAGUUCCUGCAUUUCGGCUGGGUGAUCAUACGACUUAUCAUAAAGGCUCAGCUUCUGUGCAGCCUGUUCUCGUACGUCGGGUUCUUGAACCGUAGGGACGAAGCGGCGAGGAGGGACAUGGCCAGGCACGCGGGAGGCGGGGGAGGCGCCACAAGCGUGAUGAGCGUGGUAGAUUGACGUCCGCAGCCCGCGUCGCCAUCAACGUCAACCACCAGACACCCGCACAAUUCAGGCCUUCGAAACCAGUUUGGCGCCAGUGUUGUCUUCUUGACCCUUUUGUGUUGUGCCCUUCAUGUGCCGACCUUAGUUAGCGCGGACGCUUUUUUUUUUAUUUUCGCAACAUCACGACGCUACCCAACGCGCCCACAUCCAGUCAGGGGUAUUGCCCUCACAUAAAUGUGCUUGAAUGUAUCCCGA